AUGUUCAACAACGGGCCCCUGUGCAACAUCCAGGGAAGCUGGGCCAUCAAACGCCGGCAAGGCGGCAAGACGGAGGGGCGGAGAAUGUUCAAUAACAGGCCACUGUACAACAUCCAGAGUAGGUUUUUAGAUGCUAGGCUGCUAUUAGAGGAGAAUGUUCAACAACGGGCCCCUGUGCAACAUCCAGGGAAGCUGAUCAAACGCCGGCAAGGCGGCAAGACGGAGGAGAGGAGAAUGUUCAACAACGGGCCCCUGUGCAACAUCCAGGGAAGGAGAAUCUUCAACAACAGGCCCCUGUGCAACAUCCAGGGGCGAAGAAUGUUCAAUAACAGGCCCCUGUGCAACAUCCAGGGAAGGAGAAUCUUCAACAACAGGCCCCUGUGCAACAUCCAGGGGCGAAGAAUGUUCAAUAACAGGCCCCUGUGCAACAUCCAGGGAAGGAGAAUCUUCAACAACAGGCCCCUGUGCAACAUCCAGGGGCGAAGAAUGUUCAAUAACAGGCCCCUGUGCAACAUCCAGGGAAGGAGAAUCUUCAACAACAGGCCCCUGUGCAACAUCCAGGGGCGAAGAAUGUUCAAUAACAGGCCCUGUGCAACAUCCAGGGUAAGUUUUUAG